UGGUAGGGUAUUUAUACUGAGUAUUGCUUCUUGCUUUUCUGGUUUAUCACUUUUUUUCACAACUGCCAUGUAACUUUGGGUUUCUGGCUUCUCUUCUUUUUACUGAGACCUAUCUUCACUUUUUUUUUUCAGCUACUUCGUAUAUGUAAUUUUGGUGACGGAGUCUUCAACAUCAGUGGUAACUCAUUUCAUAUAAGGAUAUUUUGUAGACAAUGUCUAUUGGAAGCAUGUUGUGCACCACAUCGAAGCAUGUAAGGUUGUACUGCAUGGACAUGCUGAGUUUGAGGCAAGUGAUGUUAUCUUAAAGUAGGUUAUUGUUUGGAACAUGGAAACACUACAGAGUGAAGGCACACUGGACGAUCACAUGAUGAUCGUUACUGAUGUUUGAUUUAGAACAAAUCUCCUGAACAGAAUAUGGACAAGUAUGAUGGUGGAGUUUGUAUGAGUUCAGAGUCGAUGAGUAGAAUAGAGGCAAUGUUUGAAGCUGAACUUGAGAGGUUGGGGCUAAACAGGAGUACUUCUACUUUGGAGAGAAGAUUAACUGAUCUCAAUGAGCUUCCAAACAGUGUUCAUCAAGUUUCUGAGGAUUACAUUUGGGAAAGCUCUAUACUUUACAGACCAAUGUUUACAUCAGAGGAAGUGGAGAUUCUCGGUCUAAACCAAUUCUUGCUGGCUAUUUGUCAUGCACACCUUCGGUCAGAAACCAUGUUGCUUCUUCACCAUCAAAGUUUUGAUUUCUCUCUCAGUUUUGGCAGCCAUAAUAUCAGCAACUAGAACUUACCCGGUGGCUCCAAAUGGUCACAGAACACAAGGCCUAGGCGUUUUAGAGAUGAGUGCACCAGCUGUGAACAACAGACUGCUGCUGUUAGAUUUGCAGCACCAGAUCAAGGUGGAAGUGGCUUCUCAGGAUCAUGCUCAUGUUCUAUCAAAGCGUCCUAAAAUCCCACAUUCUGGCCCAAGCCACACGACCAACAAGACACCUAAUUCCUCAAGACAUUACUAAACACUUCUGUUAUUUGUAUAUAGAGAACAGCUUUGGUUAAGAGUAUCAUACAUGAAAUGUGUACAUACAUGAAACAGCUUCAAUUAUACAUAUGUCCAAUAACAUUUGUUGGAACUCGGAAAAACGAAAAA